CGUGAGAGGUGAGGCGCCCCACCUGUGCGGAGGCGCGGCGGCCACCUGCACAGACUGGGACAGUCGUUCCACUGGCCCGGCCCUAGGGGUCCAGCUCCUUGAGGUCACGUGGGUGCCGGCCAGAUUGCACCUGAGCCUCAGGCCUGAUCUGGGGUGCCGCCUCAUCUGUGACUUGGGCGUAGCAGAGACGAUACCCAAACUCCAGGGCACCUGGCUGAGCAAUCCACCAUGCCUGAAGUCAAAGACCUUUCAGAAGCCUUGCCAGAGACAUCGAUGGACCCCAUCACAGGAGUGGGGGUGGUGGCUUCUCGGAACCGAGCCCCGACAGGCUAUGAUGUAGUUGCACAGACAGCAGAUGGUGUGGAUGCUGACCUCUGGAAAGACGGCUUAUUUAAAUCCAAGGUUACCAGAUACCUGUGUUUCACGAGAUCAUUUUCCAAAGAAAAUAGUCAUUUAGGGAACGUGUUAGUGGAUAUGAAGCUCAUUGACAUCAAGGACACGCUGCCUGUGGGCUUCAUCCCCAUUCAGGAGACGGUGGACACACAGGAAGUGGCUUUUAGAAAGAAGAGGCUGUGCAUUAAAUUUAUCCCACGGGAUUCAACCGAAGCCGCCAUCUGUGACAUUCGGAUCAUGGGCCGGACCAAGCAGGCUCCUCCCCAGUACACGUUCAUUGGGGAACUGAACAGCAUGGGGAUCUGGUAUCGAAUGGGCAGAGUACCAAGAAAUCAUGACUCAUCUCAACCCACUACGCCUUCCCAGUCAUCAGCUGCUUCCACCCCGGCCCCCAACCUUCCCAGGCACAUCUCUCUAACACUCCCUGCCACCUUCCGAGGCAGGAACAGCACGCGGGCGGACUACGAGUACCAGCACUCCAAUCUGUAUGCCAUCUCAGCAAUGGAUGGUGUGCCUUUUAUGAUUUCAGAGAAGUUUUCCUGUGUUCCAGAAAGUAUGCAGCCCUUUGAUCUCUUGGGAAUCACCAUCAAAUCUCUGGCAGAAAUUGAAAAAGAGUACGAGUACAGCUUCCGCACGGAGCAGAGCGCCGCUGCCAGGCUCCCGCCCAGCCCUACGCGGUGUCAGCAGAUCCCUCAGUCCUGAGGGCCCCUGUGGGGCAGAGACGCCUCCGCCCAGACUACUGAGCGCCCCUCCCUCGCCCGGACCCCCGCCACCCUUCCGCACCGCCCUGCCCGGCGCUUCUGGGAGACUCUGGGCGGCUGAGCUGUUGCCUCCUCGGUCAUCGGCUUGUCUGACAUGGCUCCCCGCCUCCCUGAGGAUGCUGUCCAUAACCUCGACUAACCUGUGUGUGUAGUGACCAGCGGCUGCUGCCCUGUUGUCCUGUGAACAACCCUACCCACCGCGGGAGUCACCCCCGAGGGCCCUGGACAGUUGUUCUGGCUGCCCAGUGACGCCGCUGGCUCCCUUCACUCCUGUCACCACCACUAAGCCAUUGCUUUCCUCCUGGAAGACUCCCGGGGCUGCGUGGAAUGAGUCCCUCACCAACGGCAUCACCUGCCCAACAACUUCACAGAGACCCUAAGGAAACGCGGGAGGGAGAUGCUGGUGGUCCCUGGGUGGACCCAGGCCUGGCUCCCUCCCCGCUGUGGACAUUAGACUCGCCACUCAAUUCACACACUGGACACCCUGAGGUCGGGGGCAGCACCCUGGCCACCGGCCCAGAGAGGACUUGCCUUCUGGGCGGGAAAGCCAGGUGGCCGGGUGCUUGCCGGGACAUGAGUUCCGCUGCCGGGACGCAGUGCUCACCCACCUCCUCCCCUCACCCUACAAAGGGCUCGUCUCUGCAGCGCGGUGCCAACAACAGCUCCCACUGCCCGGCUGGCGCCCUGACCUGGUGGCCAGGGCUGUGGGUGAAGGGGCUCCAUGAGCCUGUGCCCAGGGACGUGGACACACAUUGCUGGGCCUCUCCCAGCCAGGCCGUGUCUUGCAGCCUCUGCUAACAGGAAGAGUUGUUUCCAAAAGCCCAUCUGACCCAGGUUCCCAGAUGGGCGAGAACUGACAUUUCCGCCAUGAGUGGCCAGCGAACACACUGGCGUUCCCCACGGUGCCAGCUGCCCUGUCCAGCUCCAUGCACGUGUGCCAAGAGAGCGGGUCUGCCACCAGCCUGGAGGCUCGGUCCUCAUCCUGGUGGCUGCUUUGUCAUGCUGUUGGAAUUGGAACUCCCAGAAUUUGGUAUCUCACAUCUCAGAGGACACCAGAUGGUUGGAGCUUUGGACGUGAGGUUUGAUGUGUCUGGAGGCUGGCGUGUGGGUGGCAGCCCAGGAGAGCUGCUGCCCAGCCAGGACAGCCCCUUCCUCCCUGCACUUCCUAGGAUGGCACAUGGGCAGCUGGGGGCGGCAGGAACUGGCCAGCAGUUAGGAGGGGCAGCCUCCAGCUGAGAAGUGGGGCGGGGGCAAAACAUACCUCACAUACUUGCAUCAGCCCAGCCACCUCCAGGCCUCCAUUGCGCCCCACAGUUGCGCUUGGGUCUUCAUUUCAAUACCUCCUGAUCUCUGUGCCUCGGGGAAGUGCUCACCUCUCCCUACCACCCCCGAGCCCCGAGGACAUCCCCGUGGGGCUGGCUUUCCCGUGCCUCCCCCCGCGGCACGGUGGCAGGAACAGGCAGUUAGUUGGUUGAUCCCACCAGGGCCGGGGAGGCUGCGGGAUGGAAAGUCCGGUGAGGACCCCGUGGGAUUGGUGCUUAUCCAGGACAGCGCUGAUGAACUGCUCUCACAUGUACCCACUAAAAUAAGCUGGUUGUUUCCAGGGACUUGGGGGAGCCCUGUGGGGCCCAGAGAACCUGUGUCUGCUACUGCUGUUUGGAUGGGAGGGGCUGCUCCAAAACCAGUGAGAGGGGUGAUGUCUCUGCCCCCUUCUGCCCAGUUGCAUUGGUUUGUGCGCUUAGACCUUCCUCUCUGGUCCCACCCCAGCUGUGGGAUCAUCUUCAACAGGUAACGCCCGGCAGCCUUUCUCCCUUGACUGAAAACCAAGCGUUUCGGCACCUCUGAUGAGCCCUAGGAGGUCCAAAGAUGGUGACGUGGGAUUCCCGUCAGCAAGCAAGUGGGCAGUGAGGGUGGUUGUGGGGAAAGGGGGGGGCCCUCCGCCAGCCCCCAACCCCGGGCCAUCCUGCAGUUCCCGGAUGGACAGAGCGAGGCUGUGUGGACGCGGGCAAGCUGGGGAGGCCUGUGCGGUGUCAUAGACUUAGUCUAGGCUUCACAGUGACUGUGACCAUCACUACAACAGCAGCUUGAGAUAACUAAGACAGUGUUACAGAGAAGCUAGUGUCCGUGGUAGACUUCAGGCUGCUCCAGACCCUCUGUUUCUCUCCUGAGACAGGGGACGGUGCGUGCAGGUGCGGCUCCACUCACCCCCAGGAAUCGAGCGCCCUGACUCUGGGACGGUGCUUUUAUUCACGAGCCCUCUGGCCAUGUGGGCAGGGAAGGCAGGGGCUCUCUUGGAAACACAAAGUCCUUGUUGGAAGGACUAACCGGAGCACAGGGGCCCACGUGGCCUUCUCUUUCCUCUUUGAAAAUUCAGAGUCUCUCCAAAGGCCUUGGAAAUGGCACAGCGGUGAUGAGGAGUAAGCAGUUUGCUCCAGGUUCACUUGCAAAUUUAUAAUAAGGCUUUUUCCCACCUCGAUUCCAGGAACUGAUGCUAGCCGCAACCUCCGCUCAGCGGGAGGAGCCCCCCGGGGGCGAGGAGAAACAGCAGGUCAGGCCCUGCCCUCGCUCCCGGAGGCCACCCUACUGGGAGAAGCCACCAGUGGCUUUUCCACCGGCCCCGGUUGUUAGGAACGGCGGCGGGGCACCAGGAGGACUCACGUACGAAGCACCCACUCCUUGCCAGGCACAAGGCUGGCACUUGAAGCACAUUUUCUCUUGUCACUCCCCUCCUUUCUGCCCCCCCCCAAAAAACACAAACACCCAGAAGUGGAUGUUAUUUGUUCCUGGUUCCAGACGAAGAUGGUGAGACACGUCCGCAGGCACAGAGCUGGUAAGUGGCAGAGGCAGGAUCGGACCCGCGCCUCGUCUGGCCCCAAGCAGGACCCAGCCCACAGCUCCCUGGAGAGCGGUGGAGCCCAAGGGUGAGGGCCGAGAGGCCUUGACAGCAGCCGCGUGCCCGGCAGGAGCUCACCUUCCCCUGGGCCUAGAGGGGCAGGGCUGCCCGCACCUCGGGGCGCCAACCGUGCUGUCGGCACCUGUCGCCACCAGGAGCCGGGGCUUCGGCCGGGCCUCUGGGUGCUGGCGUAGGAAGGACAUCCUACUGCGUGUAUUUAUUUGAGCCGAUGCUAGUACUUGGCAAAGGGAAGUUUCACUGUGUGAUUGUCUUCUUAAUAUAAUUUGUUAAAUAAAUGUUUGUUUUAACCUUU